AUGUCGUUCAGCGGCAGCGGCAGCUUCUUGAAAAGCUCCGACGCUCUCGCCAACCCAAGUCGAGCCUCCGUCCAGAAGAAGCUGGCACUUCCCCCAGACCAGGAGCUCGCUCGAGCCAUUUCCGAUAAAAACCUGGGCGUCCAUAACCUCUCGUUGAGCCGGCAGAACUCUCAGAAGCAAGCGAACCGCCCGAGCCUCCAGAGCGAGAAGGUGCGGGCCUCCACCGCCACCCAGAGCGACAAGAUUGUCCAUGACUUGGCGACGGAGCAGCUCAUCAAGUACUCGCGCACAGUCCGGCGCAACCAGACGAAUGCAUCGUUCAGCGGCCGCAACAUCACGCUGUGGACGAAGAGCGUCCCGCAUCCCAAGAAGUGCGAUACCAUUCGAGAAUUCCGGUUCAAGCUCCGCGUGCUCCAAAUCGUCUUGGCGAUCGGCUGCUUCAUUGCUUUGGCACUGGCUUCGUUCAGCGUCAACUACUCGAGCACAGCCCUUGGCGUUUCUGGAAUGAGCAUCACUUGUCUCACAGCGAUAUCUUCGGUGUUUGCCUCGUUUGCCAACAUUGUGGCUUAUCUCAUUCCGGCCUUCUUUGGCAUCCCGCCCCAUCGCCACCAGCGCAUCAGCCGCGUCGAGUGCUUUGUCGAUCUCAUCUUUGCAGGUCUGUGGAUCUCAUCGUCGUCGGCGAUGGCAUACUAUGGCCAGUGUCCACGCGAAACCCUCAGCUGGGACACAAUCAAAGUGAUGUGCAUCCCGUGGGAUGUCUGCAUGGCCUUUGGGUACCUGGCCGGCAUCAACUUUGCCGUCAGUUUCUGGCUUGGUGUGAUGGAUCUCCGGGAGUUUGGCUUUGCGACGCCCUUCACGCGGGGAAACUGGCAGGUGUUCGAUGACGAUGACAACGCAGUCCACGCAACAUAGCCAUCGAGGUGAUCAUAGACAGAGCAGAUGCACGUUGGAAUGACAUAUGGUGCACCUGAAUGGCAAAGUACACGAAGGCUCGUUGCGAACCUCUGAUCCCGAUGUUGCAUCGGGGGGGGGACAAUACAAGUAACUGAAUGUGGAG